AUGGUGGUUCUUGAGCACAAUGUGAUGAUCAAGAAAGCUCAGAGUGAGCAGUUCAAGUGGAUCUCGUUCAAGACGAACGACAAUGCUAUAGUGAACCAUGUCAUGGAAAACAUGCCGACUUUCUGUGGAAUACUGGUGGAGGUGCAUAUGAGAUCAUAUAGCAUCUCAAGGGAGGAGGCUAUGCUAGAAAAAAUAUUUCCAUCGUAUAAUUAUAAAUGGCACCAUCUAUCCGAUUCUACUGCCCAAAUUAAUUUCUCCUGUGUUGUCUAUCUAUCUAUCAACAAGAUGGUCCGGCAGCAAGGAGAAGAAGAAAUAAUUUUGGAAUGCAAUAGAUUUGAUCUCCAAUCUCUGUACAAUUUCAGAAACGACAUGAUCUCAGCAGCGUUUAGUACUAAUUACUCUCUUUCCCAAUUAUUACCUGAUCCCGAAGCAGAUCAAGAAUCGGAGCAUAUUGAGCUGGACGACGAGGGCCUCCCCCAACAGUGCUGCUACUCCACGACUGGUGGCAAAUUGAACUCGCCGAGCUCCACUACCAAGAAGCUGGGCCACAACGCCUACGAACGCGACCGCAGGAAGAAGAUCAACGACUUGUACUCUUCGCUCCGAUGUCUACUUCCCGAAUCCAAACAACACGAAAAGAAGUCGAGCAUCCCGGCGACCAUCUCCCGGGUGCUGAAGUACAUACCCGAGCUGCGAUCGGAGCUGGAGCAGCUGUCGCGGAGAAAAGAAGAGAUGCUGGUGGUGCUGCGGAGGCGCGAAGAAGAGAGCCAUUGCGUUCAGAGUGUAGGUUAUCCGCUCGUCUCAGCGACCUGCAUCAGCAACAGGGAGGUCAUGGUGCAACUCUGUUUACUGAACCAAGACGCCAUGGUCUGUUUGUCCGGAAUUCUAAGUGUUCUAGAUGGAGAGGGGCUUCAACUCGUGAAUGCUUCGACUCACAAAGCACAGGAUGGCAGGUGUUUUAGCAGCCUCCACCUGAAGGCAAGAGAAGCUUUCAAAACUGACAUCUUCUCUGAACAUCUCAUAAAACAAAUCAAACGGGAGGCAAGAGCAGAAUAUUCCAGUGUUCUUCCAGCUUACAAGCAUAUGUAA